AUGAAAAUUCUUACCAAGGAAGAAGAAGACGAGCAUUAUCGUGCCACGGUUAACGGUGCCUUAAAAGGUGCUGUCCUUGGCUUGGGCGUUUCUUUAGGCGUUUCUCUUGUGGCUCAACAACGAGCUGGCUUAAAUUAUGAGAGGAAAAGAUAUGGCUAUUAUCAGCCUGCCAAAGAAUUACAUCAAACACAUUCAACUGUUCAGGUAGCUAAAGAAUUCAUUAGUGAAAAUCGAUAUAGUAUUGUUUGUGGAACUGGUUUAUCUAUAUCUUCCAAAGAACCAAAGGCCAUUGAAGGAUCAGAUAAAUGGAAAGAAAUGGUUGCUGCUGAAGAAAGAAAAAUGAACAAG